GGCAAUGUCAUAGCCUUCAUUCAUGACCAUAAAUUACAAAACUUUGAAUUCAGCCAUGGCUACUUCUCAAACAACAGUAAGCAGUUUAACCUUAUUCAAGAACCUUUCACCAAAAUCCCUUCUUCCUAAAUCGGGAAUAUCUGUAUCAUUUCGUCUACGAUUCAUUCCCCAAAGAUUCGUUUCCCCUGUUCGUGUGAUGGGUUCCUCUGCUUCGUCUUCAAAACCAGACAGCGUCCCCGAGACUGGGAAGGUGGAUUAUGCAUCUUUAAGUGAUGAUGGGUGGAAGAAACGUUUGACAAAUGAACAGUUUUAUGUAACCAGGAAAAAGGGUACUGAAAGGGCUUUUACUGGGGAAUACUGGAACAGCAAGACUCCUGGAACUUACCAUUGUAUCUGUUGUGACACCCCUUUGUUUCAAUCAUCGACAAAAUUCGACAGUGGAACGGGUUGGCCAUCAUAUUACCAACCAAUAGGAAACAAUGUGAAAUCGAAGCUUGACUUGUCGGUUAUAUUCAUGCCUCGACAGGAAGUUGUAUGUGCAGAUUGCAAUGCCCAUCUUGGCCAUGUCUUUGAUGACGGCCCACCACCAACUGGAAAACGAUACUGCAUCAACAGUGUCUCUUUGAAGUUGAAGCCGGAACCAAAAUAGGAGAAUAGAGAUGGUGCCUUUAUUGAUGGAUGGGAAUUAUUUCUCCAAAUGAUCCCGACAUCAAAUCAAAUAGGCAUAUACAUUAAUUAAUUUUCAUAUUUAGGUGUAAUGAUAUGUGAGGAUGUUUAGAACUUAUGUUAAGCAAAUAAUUCUUUACUAAGUCUUUAUACAUGGUUGAUUUUGUUGGGUAUAAAUUUAUUUGAAUAAACUUUGGAUUAU